AUGACAUUCAAAGUACGCACAUCCAUACUAGACAAUGCAGACGGCUCAGCCGAGCUCACACUAAACGGAACCAAAGUGCUAGUCUCAGCAUCGGGCCCCAUCGAGCCCAAACUCCGACAGGAGCUCCCGCAGAAAGCAAGCCUCGAAAUCAUCGUACGUCCAGCACGCGGCCUCUCCACCACAAGGGAAAAGCUAAUGGAAGACAAGUUGCGCUCCUUGUUGCAAAAUCUAAUAAUCAGGUUCCAGUACCCGCGCCAGCUCAUCCAGAUCGUGGUGCAGUUUCUUGUUGUUGACGAAGCGGAGGAGUUUACCUGUAAUGAGUUGAAUGCAGCUAUCAAUGGCUGCUAUUUCGCGUUGAUCGAUGCUGAUUUGGCGUUGUAUCUGAGCUUUGCGUCCGCUGCCAUGUGUAUUAAUCUGGGGAAUGUGAUAGCGGACCCCACGGGCGACAUCUUUGCUACGAGUGACUCGCAUCAUGUCGUGUGCUUUAGCAUCGUGGAUGGGCGAGUGGAGAAGUUGUUGUUGUUGGAGAGUGCUGGUGCGUUUACGCAGCAUCAGUUGUUUGACUUGUUGGCGAAGAGCGUGGUCGAUGUGGAGCAAGUGCAUCGUUGGCAGAGAGAAGCUAUAGAGAAGAAGAUUGCAAAUGAUUACAUUUGGAGAGGCGCCAUCACGGAGGACCCAAUCAAAGUCGAAUGA